AUGUAUUUUAUAGACAUGAAGUUUGUGAUCCUGUUUGCCCUCCUGAGUGGGAUGUUUGCCGCCCCCUUCAUGAAAGAAGAGGAGGCAAAGCGUUUCAUCAGACUGAAGAGACAGUCAGGAUACUGGGAUCCACACAACUCUCACAACCAGUGGGGUUACACCAUUCAAGAACAGGCCAACGAGUACUGGACGGCUCUAAGGACAGAUGUCCAGUACUACAUGGACAUGAGUAACCUGAUGUUUGACCGCUCCGUGGCUGAUGAAAACAACAGACUGUAUAUGGAGAUGCUGCGUAAUGCUCAGGCUCACCUGGACGGUCAAACCGGUCAACACAGAUAGACAUACAGACAAAGGAAACUGAGGAGUGGAUGAAUAUUAGUUUGUUUUUUAUAUCCUGUACUGUAUCUGAACAUUAUAGUUGCAGUAAGAAUAAAACAGCAUAAUAUAAUUUACAGUGAAUAGUAGAGUGGAACAAUGAAGGUUUUCUAUCUAUCUAUCGAUCAG